CGCGACACAUUCGUAUUUAUCCUCUCGUGUACAUGCGUAGAGUUGGUCCGGUUGUUCUGUCCCGUGUUUACAUACACACACCGCGAGCCUUUGGCACCUGCCUAGCGUCACAACCCCCUCGGCUCUCCGCCCCGGUCGGCCUCUACACUCGUUCGCGUUCUCCCUCGCGCGAACGCGCCUUUUCUCAAGAUGAAAACAACACGCUCGGACGUAGCGCCCGACGAAGAGCCUCGCAACUUUGCCAAACUGUCCAAACUCUUACAGUUCGCUCCGAAUCGCGGCACGGUGCGUUACCUUUAUUCUCUCUGUCUCUCCCUCCCCGUCUUUGAAUUGCGGUUGAAAAUCGAUCCGAGGAUCGGUCGCGUUUUCCCGCUUCUGGAACUCGAUUAUGAUCGAAACUCCUGGCGCUCCCGACGACGCUUCGGCCCUCCGAUAUUUUGAGACGCGACCGGCGCCCCCGUCGCCGACGACAAUCUCUUGCGCGCUCGCCGAAACGACCUUUGCGUGAAAGCUCCCGCGGCUUGGUCCCUUUCGAUCUGGAAUUAAACCUCGUUGCUCGCUCCUCGGUCGACGUCAACAGCUGACGCGCGCCCCCCCUUCUCCCCCCGGCCGCGUGCCCCGAGCCGGAAAACCUCGAAUUCUCGUUGAGUAAGCGGAGUGCCUUAAUAACUGGCCCGUCGAUAAUGAUCGGGCAUCCGGAGUAACGGCGUUUCUGCGACGGGGAGUGCGCGUGUGUGGGUGACGAUAAACGAAUAUUUUAUAAAGAAAAGCACAAAAAUGUUUAGACAUUCGGAAAGCGAUUACGAGGUCGAAAUGAGCUCGCUCUCGUCGAGUUUACCCGAGGAAAUGGAGCUCUCGCAGAAGACACCCAUGCGACCGAUGAUUGCCGAAUACGAUCCGAAGAAGCACGGAGUGAAAACCGAACUCUCGGAUAUGGUGCUGGUCAAGUACAAGUGCGAGAAAAAUGAAGUUCCUAUCACGGUUACGAACGGAUCGACCCUGCCGCUGGUCGAACGAGCAACCGACGAGGAAGCGGCGCUCUACGAUCCGUUCGAGCACCGCAAGUUGGCCCAUCCGACAUCGGACCUCGACACCCUCAUACAUUUGCUCAAGGGAAGUCUCGGCACGGGAAUCCUCGCGAUGCCUUUCGCCUUCAAAAAUGCUGGCCUCCUCUUCGGACUGCUCGCCACUUUCUUCAUCGGGGCGACCUGCACUUACUGCGUUCACAUACUCGUCAAGUGUGCCCACAAUCUCUGUCGACGGACUCAGACCCCGAGCCUCGGGUUCGCCGACGUUGCCGAAGCGGCUUUUCUCGUCGGGCCUGAACCGGUACAAAAGUACGCGAGAUUAGCCAAAGCCACCAUUAACACGUUCCUGGUGAUAGAUCUAAUCGGCUGUUGCUGCGUUUACGUCGUAUUCGUUUCGGGCAACGUCAAAGCCGUCGUCGAUUAUUACACGAUGACGGACUACGAUCUGAGGCUGUACAUGGCCGCGUUAUUGCCACUCCUGAUGAUGCUCUCGCUAGUCAGAAAUCUCAAGUACCUCGCGCCUUUCUCGAUGGUCGCCAAUUGUCUGAUGGCGGUUGGUAUUGGGAUAACGUUUUACUACAUUUUCGAUAAGCUCCCGAGCGUCGACACUGUGCCAAACUUUUCGUCGUGGUCUCAGCUUCCUCUUUUCUUCGGUACUGCCAUCUUCGCUCUCGAAGGAAUCGGUGUUGUCAUGCCGUUGGAGAACAACAUGAAGACGCCGACCCACUUCACCGGGUGCCCGGGAGUCCUUAACAUCGGAAUGUUUUGCGUCGUUUUGCUCUACAGUACCGUCGGUUUCUUUGGUUAUCUGAGAUUCGGUGGGAUCACGAAGGACAACAUAACGCUGAAUUUGAACACGAAAGAAAUACCGGCCCAAUGCGUCCAACUGAUGAUCGCGACCGCGAUAUUCCUCACCUACGGUCUACAGUUUUACGUUCCUAUGGAGAUAAUCUGGAAAAAUUUCAAGCGUCACUUCGGCGCGAGAAGAUUGUGGGCAGAGUACAGCGUUCGGCUCUGCCUCGUACUGUUCACCGUUGGCGUUGCGAUAGCCAUACCGAAUCUCGGUCCCUUCAUUUCCCUCGUCGGUGCGGUCUGCCUCUCGACCCUCGGCCUCAUGCUCCCCUCGGUCAUCGAACUCGUUACAGUUUGGGAACAGGAGAAUGGUCUUGGUCGUUUCAACUGGAUUCUAUGGAAAAACAUCGCCAUAAUCUCGUUCGGCGUUCUCGGUUUCGUCACCGGCACUUAUUCCAGUAUUCAUGAUAUAUUAAACGCCCAAAGUUCCUCCGGCUCCGAGUGAUGCUUCGUGGCUCUGACGACCACAAGCUUCGCAGACCUCGCUCGUGUCGCUGAAUCGCGCGCGCGCGCAUCACCCUCCUGGGGAGUCAUUCACAUUCUCUCUCUCUCUCUCUCUCUCUCCCGCUCCUAUUUUUCCUUUUUCAUGUCAACGCUCUCCGGACCUUUCUCUCAUCUUGUCUCUCCAUCUCCAUUGAUCCAUCACAUUGAUUCUGUAUACAAUCCGAAUUAUCAAGAAGAAGAAGCAGAAGCAGAAGAAAAGGAAAGAAAAUUCCGAGCCGAUUUUUAAUUAGCGACGAUCGUAUCGACGGAAAGGAGAAGAAGCGAGAGAAAAGUUAGCGAACUUAUGUGCGACGGGCCGAGAGCAGGUUCUCUCAAAGGAUAAGGGUGGUGGUUGAAUUAAGAGAGCGAGAGAGUACCCGAGUAUCGCGUGGUUCCAGGAUCGUGGGCUCGAUCGUCGUACACCCGUGUGUACGAUGAUGGGGAAAUAAAGAUUCGACUACCGAAGCGUAUUUGGGAAAUCGUUCUUACGCAUUUUGCAGAUAAUACACGGAGGUCGCGACUAGAUUAAUAAAAAUGUAAAGAAAAAAAAAAGGAGGAAACGAUAACCGCGUUCAAAUGAAAGAAAUUCGAAUGGGGAAACGAUCAUGCAUUUUCCGCCAAUUAUUCACAGGGCGUAUUUUCCCACAGUCUUUGUCCACGUUGUUUUUUUUUCUUUUUUUUUUUUUACCAUUUUUAUUCACAAAACGUUUGCGCGCGAUUCGUUGAAAUCGUGUUGUGAGCGACGUCCACCGAGAGAUUCGAGAAAGAACCGCGUCACGGGACACUGUAGGAGGAGGAAGAGAGCACGACGAAGGAGAAACUCGAAGACGACUCUCGGCGAAGCUCCUCGUACUUUCUCGCUCUCUCGGUCUCCUGCCCACCGUUAUUGCGAAACUAAAUCAUUGAUAAAAGCCUAUUAUAUACAUAUGUAUAUAUAGAUAUACGAAGCAAGCCUUUCUUCCUAUUAGUUUUCGUAGAUACGCGAAUCCCUCGUACGAUCGUAGUUGGCGCCAAGUUAUUCGCCUCCGAGGAGAAUAUAGACUAUAACGAUAAAGUAGCUGUUGAACGUAGGGCGUUUAACCUGUGGUAUUUCCGGAGAAAAUCCUCCGCCCGGCGAGCUGUCCUCCGUUCGUCCCAAAUCCAAAAGCGAGAGUCGCUCAUUUGUGUAUCUUUAAAAAAUAGACGAUCCUCGAGAAAGGCGACGGUGCGGCGGCUGUGUCGGUUCGUUGUCGGUCAACGGGUGAGCAGCGAGCAUGGCGAUAUAUAUUUUUCAUACGGUACAAAAGUAAAUGAAGCGAACGGUUGUUAUUCGAUCGAGCUAAUCGCUCAAACGUACACCACUUUUAUAGACACGAUGUUGUUUACUAAUAUUUUUUAUUUUUCCGAAAAUCAAACCGAAACUCCAUUUUUUAUCAAUCAAUUACAUCGCGCGACCGUUAUUUUAUACAUUAUGCAUGCGUUUUGGCAACUUUAUAUGCAAUACAGCGAACUUUUACACGACAACCAACGCUCGCGAGUGGGCACUUGAAUUUUCUUGUUAUUUUAUUUUGCGGUGCUCGCUAGUCGAUAAUUUUUAACUUUUGAGAAAAAAAUAAAAAUAAUAAAAAUAAAAAUAAAAACCCAAGAAAAAAAAGACAAAAAUGAUGUUACUUCGUUGCAAGUAGUUAUUACGAAAUUUGUAUACGAAUUUCUCAACCGCCCGCUCUAUCGUGAUAGCCAUCUUUUUUGAAAUUCACUUUUUCUCGGGGAUUCUCGAGUGCGGACAAUAAAUUAAUCAUCGACGUUCAAAUAGACGGGCGUGAAGAGAACAAUCCAAAAUAAUCGGCCAAUUUCUUUACCGUUUUUUAUUGAUGUGUUCUUUUUUUUUACACAACAUUGUUAUACCGAAACCCAGCGUAGCGACGUCGACAGGCGUCGUAAGAGCAUGUGUAUUACGCAGCAGCAGCAACGCGAAGAGAACAUCGUGCGAAUUCGAGAGUCGUGCCUACACACUGUUUUUUCAUAUACGUGAUUAGGUACCUGCUGUUUUUGUGUGCAUACUCUUAUCUAUUUUUUUUUCUUUCACAUUGUAACGAGUUAAUAUUUGAUUUGAUGAAAUACAUGACCGAUUUGCAAAAGA